GGCAGCGAGAGUUUGGCAGCGAUUCUUAAAGAACAGUGAGAGGACACUCCUUUUUCUCCUUACCUCUUCUCCCUCACCAUCAUGGCUUUCACUGGGAAAUAUGAGCUGGAGAGUCAAGAGAACUAUGAGGAGUUUCUGGAAGCAAUUGGGCUUCUCAACGCCAAGACAGACCACAAAGUGGUAACAGAGGUGGUUCAGGAUGGGAAGAAAUUCACCUGGACACAAACCAUCCCCAACUGGACCUGGUCCAAUACGUUCACCGUCGACCAGGAAUGUGAGCUGACGACAAUGAUGGGCUCCAAGUUCAAGGCCCCUGUCACUAUGGAAGGCGGCAAGAUUUCAGUACAGUUUCCUCAGUACCAAUUCACAGCAGAAAUCAUUGACGAUAAGCUUGUAAUGAAUUGCACAACCACAGGAGAGAAGGGUGUGACUUUCAAAAGAGUUAGCAAGCGGGUCUAAUGCUGCGAGACUCAACAUGCCUCCGUGCAAAAGAGGCUGUGGGAGGUAAAGCGCAUCAUGAAAGUGCUUCCCUCGGUUACUGAAGCAAGGAGAAUGACUUGACCAUCUACAGUGACGAGCAAGUGGUAUUGUCUUGUUGAUACUUUCAAUUUUAACUGAAAAAACAAAUGGACAAACUAGGCUAAGCUACGUACUGUAUUUCUGUGUGGAUGAAACAGUUUUCAUGUUUGAUCCAAUAAAUAUCACUUAAAUAUAACCGGUGUUGUUGUCAGUUUAUUAGAUUUUUAAAAUUUAGAUUUUCUUUCCUUGUGUGGUUCGGAUUGCAAUAUUGAUUCAGGUCCACUAGUCUGGAUAAACACAAUUAUCACUGGUCAAAAUGUAACCGGUGCUUAGUUACUAUUUUUUUGUUGCUGGGAUGUUGUUAAAUAUGUCUGCUGUCACAUUUACCAGGAUGUAAAACAUUUUAGUCAGAAAAGACAUCCAUGCCUUUCAUGGAGAGGAAUGUGCGCACACAUUGUAAAGUUAUCUGUGGCUACAAGACCUGCUGUUUGUCCAACACAAAAGAAAAAUGGCAUGUAAUUCAGAACGCUAAAUUAAAAACAAGUCAAACUGAAAUAAAAUGAAACCUUUAAACAUC